UUUUUAUUCCUAUCUUCUUUAAUAUACACUUAAAUCAUGCGAACUAACUAUGCUUGUCAUUUAUUAAAGAUGCCUACCUAGGCAAGUUCUUCACAGCCGGCCUUGCGGAAUGCGGUUAUGAUCCCUUAUCACACCUCUGACCGGGAAUUGCCUGACUAAGGGAAACUCAGGUUUGUAAAACCGAUUGUAGACAUGUCCCGCCAGUUUCUGUUCUUGGUAGUGAUAUAUGUAGGUAUGCAAGCUUUCUGCAGUUUGUGGGAACACACUGAACAUGUGAGCCACGAGUAUUCAUCUGAUCUUACCUGGUGCCUGUUGGGAAGUCCUGAACACGACCAACUAACCUACUUACCUAGAUACCUCGAACCGACCCUUUUAUGUGAUUCAUUACUUCUUCCUACAUUGAAAAUAAUUAGUCCUCCAACAGAAACUCACUGUUUAUUAUCAAGAUGGACUAGCGUAGUUAUUUUCAGUAAUUAGAAUAUUCUAUUAGUUUCGAU